CAUCGAAAAUGCAACAACUCCUGGCAGAUAACCCGACAUUGGCGAUAAAUGCUUACCAAUCGAAGUUGGUUUCUUUCGGUAGCAUUCUGCAACAGCCCGUCAGUUCAUUCGCGGCCUGCAACGAUGGAUGAAACCGCAUUCAGCUCCGGUAGCAUGUAUUCGAGCGGAGAAGAGGAGAUCCUGGCCAGUGAAGGUCUCCGCCUAAGCCGUUCGGUCCGUUGGCGUGAGGUCAGCAAUCGACACGUGAAUUUUGAACCGGCACUGUUUUUGUUUUGCUUUGCGUUGGGCUUAUCAGAGAUUGAGCUGACUCAUCAAAUAAUCUAUCAAACAUGCUGCGUGCAAGGAUUCCAGCGAAGCGACUGCCUACUGGUGGGAACGGAUGCAAAUCUGCCCGGUGUUCAAGAAAUUGAAGCUCAGGUGAAACCCGUGGCGGCAAGUGUGAACACAGUGAUAGUAGUUAUCAAGUCGGUGGUACCGGCCUUCGGCGCGUUGGUAAUGGGAGCGUGGUCCGAUCGUUACGGCAGAAAGCCCGUAGUAGUGAUAGCUGGUUGCGGUUUGCUUCUCACAUAUUUUGCCUUGACAGGGUUGAGCUUUCUGUCGUCUUUCAUUCAAGUGAAUCCGUGGUACUACGUUUUAGCUUACAUUCCGUUUUCGUUGCCUGGUGGCAUGGCAGUUUUAGGCGGGACAAUUUACGCAUUUAUCUCGGAUGUAUCCAACGAACAGAAUCGUACAGUCAAAAUGGGGUUUAUGAAGGGAAUUAUAGUUGCAGGCGGCACUCUGGGAUCCUAUAGCUGUAGAUACAUUCUGGAGUGGACCAACACGACAACAGUUCUAGUAAUAGCCACUAUUUGCAUAUUGUUUGGACUUCUCUACAUCGCUUUGCUCGUUGAAGAUAGUAUUAUUCCCAGCACUGACAGUGAACUUGGAAGUAGUCUGCAAGCCUUGUUCUCAUUCGGCUUGCUUAGAGAGCUUACUGAGGCAAUUUUUCGCAAGAGAUCGAGAAUGGUGUGGCAGAUCUUGUUAUUGAUCAUUGGAUUCGGCGCACUGAUGGAACUGGCAGUCGAUAGCAACACUAUAUCGUAUAACUUUGCAAACCGGCAUUUUGAGUGGAACAGAAAUCAAUUCAGCCAUUUUCAGCUAUCGGAGAACGCAUUAAUAGUAUUUGCAAACAUAGUUGGCAUAAUUUCUCUGAAACGGAUCUUCAGCUGGCCUGAUACUCUGGUGGCUCUGAUAGCCAUCAUUAGUCACAUUAUCUGUUCUACUAUCUGUGGUUUUGCAACUGUAGGAUGGCAGUUCUAUGCUGCAACAGGUCUCACUUUUCUCAAGGGUAUGGAAGAAGUGGCUGUGCUGUCGCUUUCCUCUUACUUGCUGCAGUCAAAUGAUAUGGCAAAAUUCUAUGCACUAGCGAUGUCUAUCAAUGGAUUGGUUCCUCUUGCAUCUAAAUCGCUUUUUGACUAUUUCUAUCAAUCUAAUCCAGGAUUGUUUUACUUCGUCGGAGCCGGUAUUUACGUCGGAGGACUUGUUAUUUUAAUGUAAGUCUGGAGCUAUUUAACUGGGCAUGUAAUUUAGAGUAAAUGCAAUAUCUAUACAAUGUUUAAUUAAUAAACGCAAUCAGCCGGAGCUUCUGCUAUAAUGAUAUCAAAGAGAAUAAUACGGAUAUGCCUGUGGACCGUUCCGAAAAUAAAUGCAGCUCGUCUUCUUUAACAAUGCUUUUUAUGCAAGGGCUAUACAAGGAGUGAACAUAUUACUGCAUCCUUGUCUCGCUAUUCGAUACAAACAAUGGCUAGCGUUAUCGAUAGUAAUUAUGAAAGUUCCUCCAAAAACUCUUUAUUGAUAGAGGAAUUGUACAUAUUGGGGUUUUACUACAUCAAUUAUGCAAGAUUUAAAAAAAAACAGACCCUGUACCCUGCUUACCUGUUUAUAAAAGUAUGCUUGUAUGUAUGAAUAUUUUAUUCGUGUUGCGAGGACUUUGCCUUGAAGAACGAUACCCUGGUUUUCAUUCCGUAUGGAUAAUGGAUGGUGUCAAAAUCCACUGCGAUAAGAUCAUUAUCAGAU